UGGAGCGCUGGGAGGAGAGGGGGUUUGGUGUGGAAGCAGCAGAAAUGGCCAGCAAAGUGUUGGAUCUGUUAUACUGGCGAGAUGUGGGGACCACCGGGCUGGUGUUUACAGGUUUGGUUGUGGGUUUGGCUUGUUUGUUCCAGCUCAGUGCCAUCACGAUCCUGUCCAACCUCGGUUUAGGCAUUAUGGCCUUCACUCUCCCUGUAUGCUUGCUCUACAAAGCCAUGACACUUGUCCGCCUCAGUGAUGGAUCUCAUCCUUUUCAGUCAUAUUUGGAUGAGGACCGUACACUGACAGAUGAGGACACAGUUCGCAUAGCGGAACAAAUUGUUCUGCUGAUUGCUACGGCUGUCACCAAGUUGAAGAGGCUGUUCUUCAUCGAUAGCAUCAUGGACUCAGUGAAGUUUGUUGUGUUCCUGUAUUUGUUGACCUAUGUGGGGGUCCAAGACAAUGGUCUUACGCUGUUGAUGACCGGUGUGAUAUGUGCCUUCUCUCUGCCACUGUUGUACAGACUUCAACAGAAAAGGAUUGACAAGAUUGCCAAAGCAAUCAAAAAACUUGUAGAAAAAGGCACCGAACUAGUUGAUCUUGUGAUUUCACUGGCCAAACCUCCACCAGCCCCAGCCCCAGCCCGUUCCCCUGCCCCCACAGCAAAACAUAAACAGAAGACUAAAUGAAGUGGAGGGAGAGAGAGAGAGAGAGAGAGAGAUGGGGGUGAGGAGCAGAAAUGUGGAGUACAUUGAACAAACAAAGUCUUACGCUGCAGCUGUAGCCCUGCGAGUUCAGCAGGGUCGGGGGUUUGGGGGUUAUGAACGAGCGUUAUGUUUUACGGUACGUUUCUUACAGUGCUAGGAGAUUCUUCAACAGGUCUUCUGAAAAGAAUUAAACAACAGGCUUCUUCUUGAAGCACACUUCAGUCAAGAGAAGUCCAGGUGUAUGUCUGAUGUAUUCAUUUAACUCAAACUGUCAAACAGCUGUGUAAUAUUUAUAAUUAUUGGUUCAUUUUGCCUGACAAGGCUUUUUUUCUACUGAUUUUCAUAGAAAAAGUUGAACCUAGUGACAGUUGCUAGUAUAUUUUUGUCCACUAGAGGGUACAAUGAGACCAUACAAUCACAGCAGUUCUGGGUCAGGACAGCAUGUUGCAGAAAUUCUGUCAUGUAAAUUUGUUUAAUUAAAAAAAAAAAUUACAAUUCCCACUGGGAUUGUGCAUAUAAUUUGGGUUUUAAUAUUUAGUACUUAAUGUUUCAAAUUACAGAGCAAUUCAAAACUAAUUUAAGUCACUUUAAAACAAGUCAUGUUUUGCUUCCCGGACUUUGUACGUCUUUUGUGCAACAUGAC